GCCCAAAGGUCUCGUUCUCAUGCUCUGCCUGCUCUCUUCUAGGCUGCGCAGGCUCCGAGCCCUCCUGGCUAGGCGGUCCAGCCGAGUGGCCCCCCUGGCCGCCCCAGGGGAGUCUGCAGCCUCCAGGCCAGCUGCCCCCCGGAGGUGGUGGGUCCUGUGCGGCCGCACCAACCGGGUGGGCCCUGCUCCUUCGCUGCCACUGGUUGGGGGCUGCAGCCGGCCAGAGCCAGCCGAGCCCCCUGUUGAGGAUGCUGGAGCUCCAACACCCAGCAGCAUCAUCAAGGCCAGGCUCCGCCUUGUGGAUAAGGCCAGACCGGAAAGUGAAGAAGAAGGGAAGGACCGGAGGCACCGGGUCUCGUUCCUGAAGACCCUGAUCGAGGCCUGCAGGAACAGCCUCCAGAGAGGGGAACGCCGCCUUCCCUUCUCAAAGGGUUUGGCAGCCCAGGCCGUGCUGGAGGAGAUGGAGUAUACCUGGGAGGACCCCCUGCCUCCCUACCUCUUCUCCCUCUGCGCGGAGGCUCUCACCUUGCUGAGUCGGAUGAAGCCCUGCUUCUGCCAGAGCAGGGAACAUAAAAUCAUCUCCGGCUGCCUGUUCUGGAUGAGCGUGAUGCCAGAGCAAGGGCCACAGCAAGACCAGGAGGACCUGUUUCUGCCACCUGAGGAGGCCCUGCAGGGCCUGCUCAGAGCCCUCCUUUCUCAAAGGCCCAGCCUGGAGCACCUCAUCCAUAUCACUGAGGCCAUUAAUAGUGAGGUGGAAACCAAAGACGAGCAAGAGGAGGCGGUGGCAGAAAGGGCUGGCUGUUUGCUGCUUGAUCUGGCGACUGGGCCGCCCUUCUACUUUGAGGCAGAGAAGAUCAAGCCCCUGCUGCCCUUUGCAGUUCUUCAGGUGUGGAGGAUGGCAGCCCAGGCCAAAGACCAAGACAGCACUUCAUCUAGUGAAGAGGACCUGCUCCAAGAUGUUGAGUUCUGGGAUGACUGAGGGCAAUCAGCUCAUGGACACUGGACAAGCUUGUGGCCAAAAUCAGAGGAAGUUACAGCCCUACAUUCAAGAACGGGAAACAAGAAGUGCCCGAGAAACAGCCCACACGGUCCAUAGAAGGGAGAGAGAAAUCUAAGCAAGCAAAAAUCCAAAAAUAUUCUAAAAAACAGGAAUGAGUAAGUCUUUUCAGUUCCUUUAGAACCUCGAAUACAUUUGUUCCUCUGGCAGACAUCUCACCAGGGAGAACUAUUUCUGACUCUAUCCCUAAAUUAGGUUCUGUAACUGAGAGAAUGGAAGCACCAAAUAAUAAUGCUGAGAUCGGGAUAUCCUUGCCCACAGCAAACAAUUCUCAAGCACAAGUAGGAGGCUCUCUAGAGGCUUUGUUUAACAAUGCAGAUUCAUCGUCUAUCUUGAGGGACUCUCCAGAUCCUUCUGGAUUAGAUACUGCUACAAAUGAGGUUUAUGACCAAGUUAGAUCUGCUUUUUCAGGUUCAUCUGCCUCCUUCUGCCUCUUGACAGCUGAAACAGUGAUAAUCAUCAGUCAGGUUUCUAAUCAAUUGGAAACAAUAUAAAGGAUUUGAAAGGAUCAAGGGAGAGAGGGAAGCACCAAAUGAUCCUACUGAUUUAAUUUUAAAACCAUCAUACUUGCUGCAGGGGGAAGAGAUUUCUCCCUUAAAACCACCGGUGUCGAAAAACCAGAGAAAUGAUAGAAACAUUCUUCGACAGUGAUGCUAAAGGAGGAAUUGACACAAUUCUCUGAAGCAAGACCCCAAGUUAGAUCUGCUUUUUCAGGUUCAUCUGCCUCCUUCUGCCUCUUGACAGCUGAAACAGUGAUAAUCAUCAGUCAGGUUUCUAAUCAAUCGGAAACAAUUUAAAGGAUUUGAAAGGAUCAAGGGAGAGAGGGAAGCACCAAAUGAUCCUACUGAUUUAAUUUUAAAACCAUCAUACUUGCUGCAGGGGGGAAGAGAUUUCUCCCUUAAAACCCCCGGUGUCGAAAAACCAGAGAAAUGAUAGAAACAUUCUUCAAUAGUGAUGCUAAAGGAGGAAUUGACACAAUUCUCUGAAGCAAGACCCCAAGUCAAUUUCUUAGAUCUAAAGUCUCAUCGGCCAUAGGUGGACAGAAUUUUCAAAAUUGGGAUCAUCUGGAUCCCAUCCAUGAACAUCACAAAGUGAUCCUUGACCCGGAGUUUAUGAAACAGGCAACAUGACUACUGCUUGAAAAGGAUUGUGAGGCCCCUGCUUUUAGGCUGAUUGAAUGUGAAGAAGCUCUACGGAGUAAUGAAGUGAAACAGGUUAAAUCAGAAGGUCACCCUGUGGUUGAAAUUGGUGACCAAAAUGUGUGUCUUCUUGACUCAUUUACAGUGGGUAUUGGAAAGAAUCACCCCCUUUGAUAGACCUUAAAUUCUGGUUCCCUUACAUCCUGAAAUGAAAACACAAAGAAAAUUCCCUUCACCAGCUGUACUUAUCCAAUGCAACCUAUAACAUCCAACUGAAAAACAUCACAAUUACAGUCCAGAAAAAGUGUCAGAAAUAAAAAACAAGAAUUACUGAGAUUGAAAAAGGAUCACCCCCCCAAUGUCAAUAUUUUGCUGAACCACCUUUUGCUUUAAUAACAGCCUUGAGUCUGUUGGGAUACUUCUCUAUCAACCUUGCACAUCUAGACGGAGCAAUAUUUGCCCACUCCUCCAUACAGAACUGUUCAAGUUCGGUCACAUUGGAUGGUAGGUGUUGGUGGACUGCUAUCUUCAAAUCUCUCCACAGAUUUUCUAUGGGAUUUAGGUCUGGGCUCUGACUGGGCCACAUGAGGACGUUCAUUUUCUUCUCCUACAGCCACUGUGUAGUCAAUUUUGCUGUGUGCUUCGGAUCGUUGUCAUGUUGAAAGGUGAAUCUUCUGCCCAUCCUCAACUGUCUGGCAGAGGGUAGCAGGUUUUCUUCCAGAAUCUGACGGUAUUUUGCCCCAUCCAUUUUUCCUUCUACCCUAACGAGAGCCCCAGUCCCUGAGGCAGAGAAACACCCCCACAACAGGAUGCUGCCACCUCCAUGCUUCACUGUAGGUAUGGUGUGUUGUGGAUGGUGAGCUGCGUUGGAUUUACACCAGUCGUACUGUCAGUUGAGGCCAAAUAGUUCAAUCUUGGUCUCAUCUGACCAUAAGACCUUUUUCCAUUUGGCAUCAGAAUCUUCAAGGUGCCUUCUGGCAAAGCUCAAACGAGCUUUAAUGUGGCCUUUCUUGAGAACUGGCUUUCUCCUUGAGACCCUCCCGAACAAGCCACAUUUUUUCCACAUGUUCACUGAACCCUUUAAGUUCAACACCAUUGGAAAGACAGCAUUUGUGGUCUCAACCUUCGUUUGAGGCAAUGGAGGUGAUUCUGUUGGAUUGAAUGGACUCCCUCUGUCAAUUACAAGUUCAGAAGAACCAGCACCCAAUAGAGAAGGAACUGCAAUUCAUCAUUUGGACGUAAUUAAGUGACAUGUAACAUCUGUGAGAUCUGAAAGGCUUUUGUCUUUGAUAACAUGGAGUAUGGCUGGUUGGAGGUCUAAGAUUAAGGAUGUCUCCUUGAUGGAAUCGAUUUCAGAUUCUGAUUUUGUGAUGCUCCAGGGAACAUGGUUGGAUGAAGAGCUUAGUCUAGAUGGUGUUAUCUCUCUCUCUCUCCCUGAAUGCUGUUCCAGGCGUAGGGAGAGGAAGAUGAUGUGGUGGGUGAAGCUGGUUGGUCUCCACUGCUCUUCAAGCAACAUUUGCUCUUAGCAAAAAUAUGUCAUUUGUCCCUACAAUCAGACUCUGUGCCAGAGGACUGGGAAGUAGUUAACAAAAAAGGACCCGGUGGUGGGGGGACCUGGAAAACUACAGGCCGGUUAGCUUAACUUCUGUGUUGGGUAAAUUGAUGGAAAGCAGGCUUAAGAGCAAAACUGGUUAAGCACCUAGAAGAACAGGCCUUGCUGAACCAGCCUGGCUUCUGCAAGGGCAAGUCUUGCCUCACUAACGUUUUGGAGCUAUUUGAGAGUGUCAACAGCAUGUGGAUAAAGGUGAUCUGGUUGACAUAAUGUACUGGGGCUUAGCGGUCAUGGGAUAAGGGGAAAGGUUCAUGUGUGGAUUGGUAACUGGUAGGGCUGGGAAAGACCCCUGUCUGAAAACCUUGGAGAAGCCACUGCCAGUCAGUGUAGACAAUACUGAGCGAGAUGGACCAAGGGUCUGACUCCGUGUACGCCAGCUUCCUAUGUUCCUAUGACACUUAAGCCUGGUUUUAAUCAGUUACUGUUGUAUAAACCUGCAGUCCCUUGAACACACCCUGGCAAAUGAGUGUCAUC